ACUCCUUUGCGAUCCCCCACCGUCUCCAAAGCUGCCAGCUUUGUGUUCUUACGACAGUUCGCACGUUCCCCUAAUCCCAUCAACAGUACAGCACUAUGGGCUCCGCCGACACUGCCACCGCAAACGGCAAUGCCUUUGAGGUAGUCUACCGCGACCCGUCUGUAUACGCUGAAUACGAGUCGAAAUGGUCGGCACUGCCUCAAGACGCAGAUGGUUGGCUUCAACGCGCACAGCACGUCGCCGAUGUUCUAUCUGUCGACGCAGCACAGCGUGAACGAGAAAACAAGUCACCGCGCGCCGAAGUCGCACUUUUGAAACAUUCGCAAUUGCUGAAGCUGUUAGGCCCGAAGGAAUAUGGUGGCGGUGGGCAGCCUUGGGAGGUGGGUUAUAAGGCCAUCCGUAAGGUUGCUGAAGCCGAUGGCUCUAUUGGCAUGCUUCUCGGGUACCACCUCUUGUGGAGCACAACCGCCCACGUAGUCGGCUCUCCCGAACAGGCCGAUCGCCUGCAAAAGCUCAUCAUCGAGAACAACUACUUCCUCGGUGGAGCCGUCAACCCCCGCGACAACGACCUCAAGAUUACCGACCAAGGCGACAAAAUCGUCUUCAACGGAUUCAAGCACUUCAACACUGGAGGCGUGAUCUCCGACCUCACUGUUCUCGAAGGCGUGCUGGAAGGCACAGAACACCACAUCUUCGCCAUCGUGCCUACCAACCAACCGGGUAUCGUCUUCUCGCACAACUGGGAUAACAUCGGUCUGCGGUUGACGGAAUCGGGAAGCGUCAAGAUUGAAAACGUCGAGGCGCCUUGGAGCGAUGCGCUGGGCUGGAACGCCGAUACGAAGCAGCCCAACCCGGAGAUUCUGCAGAUUCCAUUUGCUUCGCUCCUGCUUCCGACGAUCCAGCUCGUGUUUAGCAAUUUCUAUCUGGGGAUUGCGCUGGGUGCUCUCGACUAUGCAGCCAAGUACACCGUGAAGAACACCCGCCCCUGGCCGUAUGGCGGCGAUAACAAAGACGCCUCCACGGACGAAUUCUACAUCCUCUCCACCUACGGCACCUACCACGCGCACCUCCUCGCCGCCACCGCCCUCCUCGACACCGUCUCCGCCUCCCUCAGCAACCUGUACCUCUUACACUCUGGCCCCUUAUCCAAGCGCUCUACUCUCACCGCCGCACAACGCGGCGCCAUCGCCGAGUCCGUCGCGGCAACGAAAAUCGUGACGACGGAUACGGGACUGAAAGUCACGAGUGGCGUGUUUGAAGUCACUGGCAGCAGGAGUACGGCGUCCAAGGUCGGGUUGGAUCGGUUCUGGAGGGAUCUCAGGACGCAUACGUUGCAUGAUCCUGUGGCGUAUAAGAGGCGCGAGGUGGGCAGGUGGAGGGUGUUGGGGGAGGCGCCGGAGCCGACGUGGUAUACGUAGGUUGGAGUUU